CCGGAAGUCGCGAGAGCCACGGGUCGGCCAUUACUCCGGGCCUUGGCCGCCGUCGCGUCUGGUUUCCGUGUCAUCUCCCGGCGUCCCGGCGGGUCUUGUGGAUCAUGCUUCAAGCUCUCAGGAAGAAAUUAAGCGAGGACUGAAGGACUGAGAGGGCCUGUAGAGGAGCCUUUCUUGAAGGACGACAAUGACAAGGGAAAUUUGGCCCCACAAUGCUCUGAGACAGGAAGGUCUCAUUAAAGGAAAAGAUGACACCUGGAAAUGGGGGACCAGCUUCCAAGGGAACAGCUCCUCCGUUUGGGAGACUUCCCACCUGCACUUCAGACGCUUACGUUACCACGACACAUCUGGACCCCAGGAGGCGCUCAGCCGCCUCAGGGAGCUCUGUCGACGGUGGCUGAGGCCAGAAGCUAGAACCAAGGCUCAGAUCCUGGAGCUCCUGGUUCUAGAACAGUUCUUAAGCAUCUUGCCUGGGGAGAUUCGGACCUGGGUACAGAUCCAUCGCCCAGGGAAUGGUGAGGAGGCUGUGGCCCUGGUAGAGGAGCUGCAAAAAGACCUCGAUGGACCAACACUAAAACUUCCAGGCAUUAUCCGGGACCAGGACUCUCUCCAGGAGGGGAUGGGCAGUCCAGGAGCAGCACUUUGGCAGACUCCCAAUGACAGCCACUUCCCAGCUGAAAUUUGCCCGAAUCGUCUUACUGAUCCGGUGGUGUCCAACCUCCAGGAGCCGCUGCAUGAUCCUCCUGCCUCUAAGGCUUCUGCCCCUUCCCAAGAAGAGAACCCAAGAAAUCAGCUAAUGGCACUUAUGCUCCUAACAGCCCACCCCCAGGAGUUGGUGAUGUUUGAAGAGGUAUCAGUAUGCUUCACUGCAGAGGAGUGGGCGUGCCUGGGCCCAAUUCAGAGGGCCCUGUACUGGGAUGUGAUGCUGGAGAAUUAUGGAAAUGUGACCUCUUUAGAGUGGGAGACCAUGACUGAGAAUGAAGAGGUGCAGUCAAAGUCAAGUAUAUCUCAAAGAUCAGAUUCUCUAAAAGGGACAUCAAAAAGACUUCAGGGUAGUGAUCCCCCAGUCCUUCAUGUUCUGGAAGAGUGUGAAUGGCAAGUUUUGUCAAGUCAUUGGGGAAAUAGAACGGGGGAAAGAGAGAUGCUGCAGAAAGUUUCCCUCUGUGAAGGAAGCAGGAAGAACCAAACCCAGCCAGAACAGCAAAACCAAAAGUGGAAGGAGUAUGGGGAAAAUUUAACUUUACUUUCAGCUCUUUCUGGAAAUUUAAUAGCUGCUGAAGAAAAUAAGUUUUAUAAAUGUGAUAUAUGUUGUAAACAUUUUAAUAGAGUCUCCCAUCUGAUAAAUCAUCGGAAAAUCCACACUGGUGAGAAACCUUUUAAGUGUAAGGAAUGUGGAAAAGGCUUUAUUCAGCGCUCAAGUCUUCUAAUGCAUUUACGGAACCAUUCCGGGGAGAAACCUUAUAAAUGUAAUGAAUGUGGGAAAGCCUUCUCUCAAAGUGCUUACCUUCUCAAUCACCAGAGAAUCCACACUGGGGAGAAACCUUACAAAUGUAAAGAGUGUGGCAAGGGCUUUUAUAGGCAAUCAGGCCUUAUUAUACAUCUAAGGCGCCAUUCUGGGGAGAGGCCUUAUAAAUGUAAUGAGUGUGGAAAAGUGUUUUCUCAGAAUGCUUACCUCAUUGACCACCAGAGGCUUCACAAAGGGGAAGAACCUUACAAAUGUAACAAGUGUCAGAAAGCAUUCAUUCUGAAGAAGAGUCUCAUUCUCCACCAGAGAAUUCACUCAGGGGAAAAGCCCUAUAAAUGUGAUGAAUGUGGAAAAACCUUUGCUCAGACCACUUACCUUGUUGACCAUCAGCGACUCCACAGUGCAGAGAACCCAUACAAAUGUAAAGAAUGUGGGAAAGUUUUCAUUAGGAGCAAAAGCCUCCUUUUACACCAGAGAGUCCACACAGAAAAGAAGACCUUUGGUUGUAAAAAAUGUGGUAAGAUUUUUAAUUCUAAGUCAAGCCUGGUUGACCAUAAGAGAAUGCACAGCAGAGAGAAGCCUUAUAAAUGUACUGAAUGUGGGAAGGCUUUCACUCAGAGUGCUUACCUGUUUGACCACCAGAGACUCCACAAUGGAGAGAAACCCUAUGAAUGCAAUGAAUGCGGGAAAGUUUUCAUUCUGAAAAAAAGUCUCAUUUUACACCAGCGGUUCCACACUGGAGAAAAUCUCUAUGAAUGUAAAGACUGUGGCAAAGUCUUUGGUUCUAAUAGAAACCUCAUUGAUCAUGAGAGACUUCACAAUGGAGAGAAGCCCUAUGAAUGUCGAGAGUGUGGGAAAACCUUUGUUAUGAGCAAAAGUUUCAUGGUCCAUCAGAAACUCCAUACCCAAGAGAAAGCCUACAAAUGUGUGGAUUGCGGGAAGGCUUUCAGUUACAAUUCAAGCCUGCUCGUCCAUCGGAGAAUCCACACUGGAGAAAAACCUUUUGAGUGUAUUGAGUGUGGAAGAGCUUUCAGUUCUAAUAGGAACCUCAUUGAACAUAAGAGAAUCCACAGUGGUGAGAAACCCUAUGAAUGCAAUGAGUGUGGCAAGUGCUUCAUUCUGAAAAAAAGCCUCAUUGGACAUCAGAGGAUCCACACAAGAGAAAAAUCUUACAAAUGCAACGAGUGUGGGAAAGUCUUCAGUUACCACUCAAACCUUAUAGCCCAUCAGAGAAUCCACACCGGUGAGAAGCCCUAUGCUUGUAACGAGUGUGGAAAAGGCUUUACUUACAACAGAAAUCUUAUUGAACAUCAAAGAAUUCACAGUGGGGAAAAAACCUAUGAAUGUCACAUUUGUAGAAAGGUCCUUACCUCUAGUAGAAAUCUUAUGGUACAUCAAAGAAUUCACACUGGAGAAAAACCCUAUAAAUGUAAUGAAUGUGGAAAAGACUUUAGUCAGAAUAAGAACCUUGUUGUACACCAGAGGAUGCACACUGGGGAAAAACCUUAUGAAUGUGAGAAGUGUCAAAAGUCUUUUACUUCUAAGAGGAAUUUAGUUGGUCACCAGAGGAUUCACACAGGGGAAAAGCCAUAUGGGUGUAAUGAUUGUAGUAAAGUGUUUAGGCAAAGAAAGAACCUUACUGUACAUCAGAAAAUUCAUACAGAUGAAAAAUUCAGUGAAUGUAGCAAAUCUGAAAAAGAUUUCUCUCAAACUUCAACCCUUCAUUGUCAACAAAACUCACAUACUGUGGGAGAAUUCUCUUGGCUCCAUAAUGUCAGUGAAUCCAAGACAGAGACUCAGAUGUAUAAAAUGGAAUAAAAAUCCCCGUGUGUUUAUAUAACCAUUAAGAGAAAUGGUCGUAUGUAGUCUUUAAGGCAAAGAUCACGAUUGACCCUUUUAUAGAACAAGUGAGUUGCACAUAGAAAAAAAUUACCCUAGUUUUUUUUUUAACCUAGAUUUUUAAGACCAUAAAAAUAAGCCAAAAUCUAGGUAAAGGAUACACCAUUCCACAUAAUUUGUUGUGGGUCCAGAAAGAGACCUUCAAGAAUGCUGAAGAAACUGAGUUAAAUCUUACAAGAUAUAAUGGUAGUAGUUGUAAAUACUAGCAGAAAUAUCUUUGUAUAAAAGAGUGGACCUUAUUUCUGGAAAUAUGUAUAUUAUGCAGUUUUAAAAUGGCAUCACUGCAACAGAGUCUGUACUAUGAUCUAUACAUAUUAUCAGGCCAAGGACAGAUAGUUGGAGGACAUGCCUUGCAUGUGCCAGGCCCUAAAUUUGAUUCUGUUACAGAAUACCUCCUUUCUCCUCCGGCACCUAAGGUGACCUUGCUGACUCCCAGCACCACUGGGUUCAAGUCCUGAACUGUCAGGACUGCAUGAUUGGGCCACAUAGCCCUGCUUGCCUGCCCACCUUUCCAGGGGAAAAAAAUGAACUGUCAGACAUGAAGUUUGGUGGGCAAGAGUCUGCUACUGAGAACAACUUAAGAGCAUCAGAUUUAGAAUGAGGAGAUCGAGGUUUGGAUCCUUGAUCUCUGUCAUUCUAGGUAAUGUGAUGCUAUUAAGUCAUGCUCAAGACUAUAAAUCAAAUGUUGAUACUUCAUAGGAUUGUUGUGACAAGUGAAAGGAUCUUUGUGUUAAUAUUUUGUGGAAUAAUUUAGUUGUCAAUAAAAUUGGAUUGGAUUAAAAUGUCAAAAUUUAGGACAUGGAACAAUGCUUUUAUUAACACGACAUUUAACUCUAUUAACCUCAAAAAUUAUUCAUUUUCAUAGUAAGAGGACUUUGGAAUUUGUUGUGUGAGCUACAUCUCUGGAUGCUUUGUGAUCCCCUAGAGCCACAUCCACUUAUGCUCCCAGGUAGUACAGAGGGCUGGGAAUUUGGCUUCACACGUACAAAGUAUGUGUUCUCCCCUGAGCCAAAUCCCUGACUCCUUAACUUUGAAUUUGUAUUCUAAGGAGGCUUAGAAAUGUAACUUUUUGGGUUUUGUUUUUGGGUCAUGCCUGGCAGUGUUCAGAACUUAAUCCUGGUUGUGCACUCAAUAAUCACUCCUGGUAGGCUCUGGAGACCUUAUGAGGUGCUGGGAUUGAACCCAGGUCAGUUGUGUGCAAGGCAAAACAAGAUAGUAUCUGCUGAACUACCACUCUGACCCCAGAAAAAAUGUUUUAAAAUGUUUACAGAAGUUAAUAAAUAACAAACCUAGUUUUAAAAGCAUUGGGUUUUUAUAGAAAAAUAUGUUAAAGGCCUUGAGAGAUAAUACAGUAGGUAUGACACUUGCCUUGCACACAGCCAACCCGGGUUCAAUCCUCCGCAUCCUAUAUAGUCCCUAAGGUCAGGAGUAAUUCCUGAGAGCAGAGUCAGGAGUAACCCCUGAGCAUGACUGCAUGUGGCCUAUAAAUCAAGAAAGAAAAAUAUGGGGCUGCAGCAGUAGUAUAGAGUGUAGGGGCAUUUGCCUUGCAUGUUGCCAACCCAGAUUCUGACCUGGCAUCCCAUAUGGUCCCUCAAGCCCACAGGAGUUAUCCUUGAGCACAGAGCCAGGAGUAAGCCCUGGGCUGUGCUUGGUGUGUCCUUCCCCCAAGCAAUAUGUUGAGCCAUUAACAUGCCAAUGAAAACUUUUUUAAUGUUCAGAUUUGAAAUAAAACAGUUAAGGGUGAAAAUAGAAUGGCAGACCCAUGUUGCUUUCUUCGUAGGGGAAUGCCUUAACCUAAUUCCCUAAACUGGUGAUUUCCUUCCACUGUCAUUCUCUCUUCUAAGUAACAUUUUACUAACAUACUUGUUAUUUAUUUACUUUACACAGAAGCAGUCUUUUCAAGCUAGAAUUAAACUGAUUGAGAAUCUAACACUGGACAGUUAGACUCAGUUUUGUGAAAUUUCUCAUGAAACAUUCAGUCCAUUCCCUUUUGUACAUUUGUAAAUUUAAUUCAUCCUGCAUUCUGAGUUAAUUUUAUAAUUCUGAAACUUAAUUUCAGCAACUUGACUAUAAAUGCCUUUGUAGGAGGAUUGGCGUUUUAAAUAAAAGUCAUGUGCUGAGUAUAAUAAAUGUUAUUAAUUCAGCCCCGUUCUUCCUUGAUGGUUAAUUCCUCAUUAGAAGGAAAGGUGUAUGUAUGUGAAAACUGGCAUGGGUCCACUGUUUAAAGUCUUAAGACUUGGUUGUGAAUCACAGUCUGUCACUUUCCUUGGACAGAUACCUUCAUUUCUUGGAUAC